AUGGCAGCUGGUGUCUCCGUAAAGAGGAGGCGGCUGAGCCCGUCGGACGACUCAUCGCAUUUGAAAAGCAAAUUCUACAGUCAGGCUGCGCAAUGGGAUCUCGAACAGGACUACGAGCAACGACCACGGAAGACGAAGAAGGACAAGGAAAAGACCCGACUACCGAUAAAGACGCAGGAAGGCACUUUAGAGCACUUGGAGGAAGAUGUGGCCCCGGAGGGAAGCUCAGAGGGUGACAUUUUCUCAUCCGAAGCAGAGGACGGCGAACCUGCUACAACGAUUCAAACAGUUCCCGCGCCAGAGUCGUCGGUGCUUCCAAAGAUUCAAAUAUUAGAAGCAAAGGAAGCCCUGGCGCGGAUCGCAUCACUAAUAAAUGAAGAGCCUGAAGAGCAUAUGGAGCUUUUUAAGAAGCUAACGGAGAUGACAGCAUCUGCGUCACUCCCGGCGGUGAAGAAACUUGCUCUGGCCACACAGGCCGCCGUUUACAAGGACGUUAUACCUGGCUAUAGGAUACGGCCAUUGGAGGGAGAGGAGCUGACAGCAAAGGUCUCUAAGGAAGUGAAGCAGCUUCGUGCCUUUGAACAGUCGCUUCUUUCCGGCUAUCGAGAAUAUGUACAACAGCUGGCUACGCUUUCUCGAGCGAAACAGGGGAGUGAAGCACAUAGCUCUGGCUUGAAGAGCCUGUCCAUCAAUUGUGCUUGCAGUUUGCUGACUUCUGUACCGCAUUUCAAUUUCCGUGGGGAAUUGCUGAAGAUUCUGGUUGGACAGCUGGGGCGCCGACAGAUAGACGCAGAUUUUGUGAAGUGUCGCGAUACUAUGGAAGAGAUAUUUUCCAAGGACGACGAUGGCACAAUCUCGCUGGAAGCUGUUACUUUGCUGGCAAAGACCAUCAAAGCGAAGGAAUUUAGGAUCCGCCCAAGUGUCCUAGAUACCUUCCUUCAUUUACGCCUGCUUUCAGAAUUCUCGUCAAAAGGCUCUAAGGACGCAAUUGAUAAGGACGAUGCAGACGAGACCAAUCAUGGGAAGAAGCCAAAGCAAAAGCGAGAGUUUCGAACCAAAAAGGAGCGAAAGUUGAUGAAAGAGAGAAAAGUUGUCGAAAAGGAUAUGAAGGAGGCCGAUGCUCUGGUAAGCCAUGAGCAUCGGGAUAAAAUGCAAGCAGAGACGUUGAAGCUUGUAUUCACUACGUAUUUCCGCACACUCAAAACACGCAACCCUGAACUUGUGGGGGCUGUUCUAGAGGGGCUUGCCAAAUUCUCCCAUCUUAUUAACCAAGAUUUUUUUGGAGACUUGCUAGAAGUUCUUAGAGACUUGAUCUCGCGAUAUGCUAGCUCCAGCCUGAGUCAGGAAAAUGAGGCUGGUAGCGAUGAGGACGACGAGGACGACGAAGGGCGGUUGAGCAUAAAGGAAACUCGAAACGCUACUCGAGAUGCCCUGCUAUGUUCAACGACUGCAUUUGCACUGCUUGAGGGCCAAGAUGCCAGCAAAGCAGCCUCUUCUCUCCACUUGGACCUAAGUUUCUUCAUAGGGAGCAUUUAUCAGUCCCUACACACCCUGUCCAUAAAUCCAGAUAUUGAGUUCCACCCCAGCAAGUCACUCCGUCUACCGGAUCCAAAUCCUUACAAUGACAGUCAAAAGGACACCAAUUUGGCCUUAGACAGUACAAAUUUGGCAAAGAAAGUCGACUUUCAGACCCCUACUGUGCUCCUUAUCCGGUGUCUCCAAUCUAUAUUAACUGCAAAGGCCAACAAAGCUCCACCCCCCAUUCGUAUAGCAGGGUUUACCAAGCGGCUCAUGUCCGCGGCGCUCCAACUGCCAGAAAAAUCGGCAUUAGCAGUCCUGUCGCUUCUUACUCGUGCUGCGAAGCUACAUGGACGAAAAAUAGCACCACUUUGGAAUACGGAAGAACGGAAAGGUGAUGGAGUAUAUGACCCUAAUGCUGAUGAUGUGGAAAGGAGCAAUGUCUUCGCCGCAACUGUAUGGGAGGGAGAAUUGUUACGACUACACUAUUGCCCCCAGGUUCGGGAUGCCGCAAAGGACAUUGAAAAAGCCAUAUCAGCUGUAAAAUAA